UCCUCAGGGACCUGUGCUGCCAUCUGUGUCUUCAAGUGCAGCCACCUGAGCAAGACACUCACUUCAGAAACACCUGCUGUGGCUUUCUCUGAUGAUGACUUUUUUCUUCCAGACCACAAACUGCCUGGAGAAACCUGUCCCUGUGCUGGCAAUGGCCUCUCACCAUGUGAUCACAGUCCAGCCCCAGGUUUCCCUUGCCAGGCAGGCAGGCAAGUGGCAGUCAGGGCUGCUGGGCUGCUGCUCUGACUUUGGUAUCUGUAUUUGUGGAGCCUUCUGCUAUCCCUGCCUGGGGUGCCAAGUGGCUGGUGACAUGGAUGAGUGCUGCUUGUGUGGGACCAGCGUGGCCAUGAGGACCCUGUACCGCACCAGAUACAACAUCCCGGGCUCCAUUAUGGACGACUGGGUCUCCAUCCUUUGCUGCCCCUGCUGCUCGCUGUGCCAGCUGAAGAGGGACAUCAAGCGGAGGAGGGAGCUGGGCAUAUUCUGGUGAGCUGUGGGUGCUGGCAUGACCCCGCA